CCGCUUCUAACCAUCUCACACAAUGGGUGCCGCGCUCAAGACAUGGGAGCUCGAGAACUCGAUAAAGCUCGUGGACCCCAGCAAAGAUGCCCUCUACAACUACAAUCCGUCUGCGCAGAAAGCCAUCAACGAGGCGCACCCAUGGCGGAUCGACCCCAACUACUUCACCUCUGUCCGCAUCUCGGCCAUCGCCCUGCUCAAGAUGGUCAUGCACGCGCGCUCGGGCGGCUCGCUGGAAGUCAUGGGCCUGAUGCUGGGCAAGAUUGAAGCACACACGUUUGUUGUCACCGACGCCUUCCGGCUGCCGGUCGAGGGCACAGAGACACGGGUCAACGCACAGGACGAGGCAAACGAAUACAUGGUCGAGUUUCUGCAGCGAGCACGCGAGCAGGGGCAGAUGGAGAAUGCCGUGGGAUGGUACCACUCACAUCCUGGGUACGGGUGCUGGCUGUCUGGUAUCGACGUCAACACACAAAAGACACAGCAGCAGUUCCAGGACCCCUUCUGCGCCAUUGUGAUUGACCCGGACCGCACCAUUUCGGCGGGCAAAGUCGAGAUUGGCGCCUUCCGCACAUACUCGACCGAGUACGUGGAGAACCAACAAAAGAGCGGCGGCGGCUCGAAGAUGGCCGCUGGCACCGACAGCGACGGCUUCGAGACGAUUCCGCUGGGCAAGAUUGAAGACUUUGGUGCGCACGCCAGUCACUACUAUUCGCUCGAAGUGUCGCACUACAAGUCGUCUCUGGACUCGAAGCUGCUCGAAGCGCUGUGGAACAAGUACUGGGUGCAGACGCUGUCGUCGUCGCCCCUGAUUUCCAACCGCGACUACGGCACAAAGCAAAUCUCGGACCUGGCGCGCAAAAUGCAGCAGGAGAAUACGAACAGCAAGCGCUUCUUCAAGGGCGGCGGCCAGGGCUAUGCAGCCGCGCACGAGAGCAAGAACCAAUUGGCCAAGCUAGGCGCUGCGGGCUCCAAGAUUGCGCGCGAAGAAGAAAUGGGGCUGUUGGCGGCCAAGGUCAAGGACAAGGUGUUCAACUUGACGAGCGAGGCCGAGGCCAAGAGUCACGAGGUGGAAAUGGAGACGUGAUGACGAGGAAUUCGGGCGCGGCAAACAUGCAAUGUGACUUGGCGGGAUAGCAUGGCAAGGCGUUAUGGCGUGCGUGUGGGCGAGGCAAAUCAUGGAUGGUAACAAGGAAAGUCUUAGGAUAUCAUAGAAUCAGAGG